GUUGAUUGGGCUAUAAUAUGGCGAUCGAUUCUCACUGGGGUCAACUUUAUCUAGGACGCAAUUUCCCCUCACCUUGAGUCUGCCCUGAUUCCCUUUUUCUUGACUACGCCUGUGUCUCUUCUUACCAUCUUCCUCGUUUCUUGAGUAUGCACUUCGUUCGCUUCUUUACGUAUAUUGCUUUUUGUCUUUCUGUUGCGCGUGCGUUCAGUGUAUCUGUUGGGACUCCCACUCAAUGCGAUCCUCUCACAAUUUCAUGGACUGGUGGGCAAGCACCAUUCGAGAUACUCUUAACUCCCGCCUAUCAAGUGUCUUAUAGUUAUUCUGUACCAGCAUCAGCCUUCAGCAAUGGCAAAGGCUCUUAUUCAAUAUCGCAAUUGCCGUUGUCGACGCAAACAAAGUUUUUACUCACUAUGUCUGACGCCACCGGAUUUGGUACGGGUGGGACGACAAACAACUUAACUGUUGGGAAUCCGACUACAAAUAACAACUGCAACGCUGCAAUUCAGUCACCUCCUUUCACGUUUUCGUUUUCAUCGCCAUCCCUGACGCAAUGCAGUCUAUUGACCAUUUCGGCCAAUGGUAGUGAAUUCCAGCCCAUUACUAUUAUGCAACUCAUUCCUGGAGGACAAUCAGUCAUGUUUAAUUCCGUGGAUAGCCCUUUUAGCUUCGUCGUAGACGUCAUCGCAGGGACGGACCUCCUGUAUUCGGUCACCGAUUCCGAGGGCAGAUCAGGUGGUGUCUCUAAGUUCCAGCUGGUUUCAGGGUCGAGCAAUUCCUCGUGCCUGAGCGCCAACUCGCCGUCAUCCACUGCAGGUAUGUCGGCCACGGCUUCACCGACAUCUAGUUCAAGUAGUCCAAGUCCAACAAGUAGUUCAUCAAGCAGCAAUGUUGCUCUUAUCGCAGGCGCAGCGGGCGGUGGCGGUGGGGCGGUCCUUAUUGCAUUGGUCAUCCUCGGCAUGUGCUUGUGGCGUAAACGGAGAGCAUCUCGCUCUCCGGACGUUCAGUCUUCUGCACAAAGCCAUCCACGUCGACUGCAGCAUACAGAUCAAAAAUACGAAGCCAGCCCUUAUAGUGAUGUUCCGCCACAAUCCCCUUUCCCAUACAACGCAAAUCCCCUCAACCACCACACCCGACCCAUUGAACCCAGCCCCAGAACUCAAUCGGACUUGACCAAUUUAUCCACGAGCAACUUUGCAGUUGGCGCCGCUCCCCCAUCACUGAACCAGACACAACAUUCGCGCCAGAGCUCCAACACAGACUCUCCUGGCUAUGGGGAUGCUCGAGAUUCGAUCACAUCAUCCGCUUACAACCGAAUAUCUCAACCAAUGUUACCAAAUUACCCAUUACAAUACCCUGUUGGCUACUCUCUACCUAUUCGACCUGGUAGCCAAUCACCCCCUCUUAAUCCGUCUACCGGAAACUUCACAGUCAGCGAUCAUCCCACACCGUUCAAUCAGACACUACAUUCACGCCAGAGCUCAAACGCAGACUUUGCUGUGUAUGGAGACGCUCGAAGUUCUGCUACUAUGUCAUCUGCUGACAGACGAAUGACUAUCGUCGCUGAAACACCAUCACCAUUACCAUGGGAGACAGACCCUGUUACCUACCCUGGUCCACCCAUUCAAUCUGGAUCCCAACCAAGCCCUAUUAAUGUGUCUCCCGCCAACUUAGCGGCUAGGGACCUUCCCACACCUUUCAAUCAAACACAAAAUUCCCUUCAGAGCUCUGACACAGACAACUUAGCUGUGUACGGAGCAUCUGGAAGUCAACCUGUGGCGUCAGCUAGCGCGCAAACAGCCUACCAACUUCCUGCUCGGAUCAUUGUGCAUACCGACGCUGAAGAUGUUGUGCCAGACGACAAUGGUGUAAUUGAACUUCCGCCGCAGUAUUCAGAGCUUCGGGGAGUCCGUGCCUUGUAAUCUGAGUCUCCAUAUGACCUACGUACCCACACUCUUGAGUCUUCGGACGUGGGUAUACCUGUAGCGCGUCCACUUUUUUUUCUGCCUCAUAACCAUAAUUUAUAU